AUGCUGUUGGACUCGCUGCUGUUGCUGGAUUUGAUGUUGUUGCUAGAUUUGAUGUUGUUGCUAGAUUUGAUGCUGCUGCUAGAUUUGAUGCUGCUGCUAGAUUCGAUGCUGCUGCUGGAUUCGAUGCUGCUGCUGUUCAAUUCGUUGAUUACCACCCACUUUGAUGAUAACGGUGAUGGUGAUUGUGGGGUGAGAAAGGGGGGGGGGAGGGUAGAUGAUACGGAGGUGGUGGAGGUGGUGGAGGUGAUGGAGGUGAUGGAAGUGGUGGAAGUGGUGGAGGUGGUGGAGGUGGUAGAGGUGGCAGAGGUGAUGGAGGUGGUAGAGGUGAUGGAGAUGGACCGGCGCAGAUGGCUUGAUAUUUGCUAA